CAGCAGCUGAACCCCGCGCGCACUAGUCCUCCAACGAGCCGCGUGGGUGGAGCUGUCUCUCUCUCUCUCUCUCUCUCUCUCUCUCUCUCUCUGUCUCUCUCUCUCUCUCUUCCAGAACAGAAGAGGGGCGUCGACCCGUACGCAGCUCGUGUAGUGGGGCUACGUACUGCCGCGAGUCACCCCUCCGCUCUCUGGCGAACCGAGGGGGUGACACACGCACGGACACACACACGCGUGCACUGAGGCGCACACAAGCACACGCACACACGUGGGCAUAUUCCGGCAGCGAGUCAGAGAGUCAGGCCGGCAGAGUAGAUGCUGUAGAGUGUCGGACGCGAGAGAGACUGCAGCACAGUCGGAGCAGAAACCGCAGCGCGCACGCGGCAGGCUAUCCCCGCCGCUUCUUCUCUCGCUAGCUCGGCUUAGACCGACUUACCGAGGACUUAAGCUGCCGCUGCUGCACACACUCGCACACUCGCCGGCUUAAGGGCUGCAUUGGCCUACUACUCCACUGCUAUACUGCUCUCUCGUGCUUCCGCGGAGGAGUUUUCCGUCGCCGUCGCCGCCGCCGCCGUUGCGCGAGGAUGACGUCCGCGCUAGUGUGCCGUGUUCGUCGUUGCAGCCGUUCUUCUUCCAGGACUGAGAGAUAGUAUAACGAUCGCGAGGAAAAGAGUCGAGAAAAGAGUGCGCGACACGAGCUUACGUAAGCACGCGUAGCACGCACACCUGGAGAUCGACACAGGCAGGAGAGUGAGAGUGCGCUUAUCGUCGAAGAGAGAGGAGGGCUUUAUCAGGUGGGCCCGUCCGAAGCGGAAGUCGAGUCGCGUCGUCGAGAGGGAGAUUAUUAUAUUUUCGUCGACGCCGCACGCGCGCGCGCGCUACUUACUGCCGCAGUCGAGCUUCGCGGAGCGACGGACAGCGUUGUGUGCUUGCAGCGCGCACAUCAUCAUCAUCGUCAUCGUCAGCGGCCCGUAACAGUGCGAGACACGCAUACGUAUAACGCAUAGUGCGCGCGGAUCUAGCCGCAAUAGAAGCAGGGAGUGUGCAGUUUUUCUCGUGCCGCGUGGAACGUAAGGACGCCACGACGUUGGCCUACUACAGCAUGGAGCGCGGCGGGGUCGGGGGCGGUGGUGGCCUCGAGCUCGCCGGCGGCGACCUGUGCCUCCAGGACCUCGUGUCCGGGGGUCCGGCCCAGGCCGGGCUCUCGGCUCAGCAGCAGCACGUCGUCCAGCAGCACGUGACGGAUCACCUGCAGAGCGCGAUGGCCCAGCACGCCGGACACCACCUCGAGCAUCUCCAUCCCAACAGCCAUCACGAUCAUCAUCAUCACGUCACGGCCGCCGCGGCGGCUCACGCGCUGCACAACGGAUCCGCCGCAGCUCACCAGAUACAUCACGAGCCCCUCGAGAAGCUGAAACAGUGGGCCCAGAGCGACUUCAGGGACGAGGCAAGCAGCGGACUGGCCAGGUUGGACUCUACGGGUCACGGGGCUCACACACCCGGGGGCAGUAAUCCCAGCACACCAGGAGCGGCGCCGACGACGCCCUCCGGAGGCUUCUCAUCGACGCAGUCGCGGAGUCGACCCAACAACGUGCCCAGGCAAGACAUAAGGAAAGGUGUUCGUACGCCAACAGACUCGAAGCACGACAUCGGCGGUGGCAACCUCUCGUCACCAGGAGUCGUCGUGGUCAACGACCUGGACGACAAGGACGGCAAGAAGGGCAAACGUCAGAGGCGGCAGAGGACGCACUUCACGUCGCAGCAGCUCCAAGAACUCGAGGCGACCUUCGCGAGGAAUCGGUAUCCCGACAUGUCGACCAGGGAGGAGAUCGCCAUGUGGACGAGCCUCUCCGAGGCGCGAGUCAGGGUGUGGUUCAAGAACCGUCGCGCGAAAUGGCGAAAGCGCGAGCGGAACGCGAUAAACGCCGCGGCGGUGGUUGCCGAGAACUUCAAGACGAACUUCAGCCCGGCGGGCCUGAACUUUAUCAACCAGCCGUUCGCCGACCCGGACAGCUUCUACAACUACAGUUCCUACAACAACUGGGCUUCCAAGGUGCCGUCGCCCUUGACUCCGAAGAACUUCACCUGGCCUGUCAACCCGCUGAGCAGCGUCGUCCAGACCUCGGGCCACCACCACCACCAUCCGCAGGUCAGCUCGUGCUUCAACUCUGCGAGCUCGCUGUCGGGCAGCCACGUGGGUGGCAUGCCCGUCUCGGUGGGCCAGGCGGCCACCUCCAUGAUCCCCGGCAUGAGCUCGGGCCUCGGGGUCGCCGGCUCGCCCGUCGCUGCCUCCGGGGCCGCCUGUCCCUACACGGCCCCGGCCGCUCCCCACCACCCGUACGGGCCCCCCGUCUACUCCCACCACCGGACGGCCGUCGGGCCCGAGACCAGCAACGUCAUGUCCACCAGCAUAGCCUCGCUCCGGCUGAAGGCCAAGCAGCACAGCAGCAGCUACUCGAGCUUCAGCAGCAGCGUCGCCGCCGUGAGUGCCGGCGGCAACAAUGGGCCCAGCAACAACGGGCCCAGCGGCACCGGCGCGGGCAGCAGCGCCGGACCCGGCAGCAUCAGUCCCGUCAGCUCGAGAGCCUCGUCCGGCGGCGGACUCAGCGCCUGCCAGUACGCCCUAGCGACGGGCGGCAACAACCCCCACUCCCCGGGGCCCGAGCACGCCAACGCCACCGCCAGGGCCCAAGUUUGAGGCGAGGCGGGGGCUUCGAGCAGCCCCCAUCACCAGCAGCAACAGCAGACUCUCGACGCCUCCGGCUCGUCGACUCAGCAGCAGCAGGCGGAUGAGUCCCAGCAGCAACAGCAGCAGCUCCAGCCGCAGCAGAGGACGCCGGGGACGCCGAACGAGUGACACAGGCCCCGGUCCGUCGUCGGCUCGCCGGCGCUCUCCUCGACGCCCGGCUCCUCGUCGAUGGCGUCGCCGAACAACUACCUGUUCGAGGACGAGACCACGAGCGCGACGGACCCCCGCGGCAGCAAGCUCGCGACUGAGCACGAGGACAUGCAGGUCGGCGCCAGCGCCAGCGGACUCAGCUCCGUCGAGAGGAUAGGCCUCGGGGCCGCCGCCGCCGCCGCCGGCGGACUCGCCGGCUACCUGCAUCACUCGGCAGCCUCGGCCGGCUACUGGCCUCCGCUCAUCUACGACUGGUCGGAGAACGCGCUCACCUCGCAGAUGCAGCAGCAGCAGCAGCAGCAACCGGCCAUCCGGGACGAGAACCGCGGACAGUGAGAUGUGUGAUUAUUGUACGAUUCGUUUUCUCUAACCUCGAGGUGCUUGAUCGCGAAUUGAUUUCGUUGUUUUUAUUCGUUUCGUAUAAGAGGCUUUCCGACUGUUUCGUUGUCACGAUCUGUAAUUAUAGAAGCAGCGAAUCGAUACAUUCGUGAGGGGAGCUGAGAAAUAAAAAUUACACUAGACACGGAGAUCGAGAAGGGGUUAUUUAUACAUGUAUAAUCGAUUAGAGAAGUGGAUGAAGAUAAGGCUGGGAUGCGCGCGCGUAUUCGCGGAUCCGCGAGUCAAUAAUCCCGCGGAUCGAAAGUUACUCACUAUCCUGUAGAUAUCUGUAUAGUAGACGUUCGUUAACACGACCCAAACUUACACUAACACUUACACACCGACACGUAUUUACUCUCGCGUGCAUCCAUACACACACACACACACACACACACACACACACACGAGACGAUGGAUGUAUACCAGACAAAAAUUGUUACGUCGCGACGAUGAUAAAUAAUGACUAAAUUAUACAUAAGUCUAUAAGUAUAUAUAAAUAAAGGCGCGAGGAAGAUGGAAAAUGAUAUGAAAACGAUAAUAAAAGAAAAAAUUUCGAGUAUAAUGUAUAACGCUAAUCGAGUUCGGCAGAUACCAAAAAUUUCCUAGGUCCUAAGCGCGAGACGCACGCACGUCGUACACACACGUAUAUAGAGGCUAUACAUACAUAAAAUAUAUAUACAUAAGUGCAAAGAAGCGUGACUUUUCGAGUACGAGAGCUCCGCGGUGUGAGCUGUCGGUGUAGUGGAUGAACAGCUGAGGGGUUAUAACGACGACAAAGAGGAAUGAAUAAAAAAAAAAACAAUUGUACAGUGUAUGGAGCACGGGUUAUUACUACCGAUUAGACGUGCGCUAUAAAUACAUUUAUCGAUAUCAGUGAAUUAUAGUUGUAUAUGCAGUAAUCGGUAUCCCUAUACGAGUUACGCCUCGCGCGACUUUUGACCCUUAGAAUUUUCGAUUGUACAUCCUUUUGUUUUUUCCUUAGGUUAUUUACGCGCGAAGCGUCAAGUGCCAUUGUUUAUGCGUUUUGGUUUCUUAUUGAUAUUUUAUCUUUUUUUUCGUGUAUUAUUGUUCCGAUGGCAUUUAUAUUUGAGAGACGUUGCAAUAUUAUAAACCGGUGUGCAAAGUACUGUUUAAAAAAGAGGAAUAUUUAUAUUAUAUUAUUGUACCAUUAUUAUUGCUAUGUUCGAGUUGAUUAUGCGCGAAUUGCGAGGGGUAGACGCGAGGUAGCAAUGCCAUAGGUUGAAUUUAAAUAGUCACGUAAGUCCUAGAGUGUAAGAGACGACCGAUAUUUUGUAUGGAUCCCGAUGUCGUAUACAAAAGAUUAAGAUGAAACGAAAAACAAAUAAUAAUGAUGAAAAACAACACAAACGCUGAUGAAUACGAAAGAAGAUAAUAUCUCUCGAAUUACAUAUCCCGAAUCAUGAUCCGGUGAAUGCGACGAGCGGGCGCGAGAGUUACAUGUCGAAUGAAAAUUGUCAUCCUCUCGUACCAGUGCUGAGAGAGAGAGAGAGAGGCGCCUCGCGUCGCUUUACUAAGUGUACACGUUCCUAAUCGGCGUAUCUGACGUCGGAAGGUACAAUUUGUAAUCUAGUCACAAUAAAACCAAUUCUAUUCUA